GUCCCUCCCUCCCAGGGCGCCUCCACGCCUCCGCUCUGGGAGCCGCCAUCUUGCCACUUCUCGCCCGGCCGGCCGUGGGCGUCAAUAGAGAGUUUCAGCACAAAACAAAGAUGGCGGCGGCACUUGGGGAUGCCCGGAUGAGAAUACUAACUCCGCGACGCGCUCAGCCCCGCCCUCCCUGGGAACAUACUCCCGUACUGAAUGGACACAUGCCCGAGGCGUGACCUUUUAACCAGCAGUGAGGACCGGGGCACAUAUUGUUAAAAUGUAGCAGGGAGGAGAUACAGUAGUGUGCCUCCGACUGGGAAGUGGCCGUUUUCCCGCCCCACAAACAAGGCAGCUGCAAGCGGCGGCUCGGGAACGGAAGCCGGGGGCGGGCUCAGUGUGGGCGGUGACGCAGAUGAGCGCACCGGGGCGGAGUUGUUGCCGGCUCCCAGGCCUCCGCAGCACCGCCCCCAGCGCCGCCGCCUCCCUGCUGUCCCAGCGAAAUAAGCCGGGCCGUGCUCGGGGCCGCUGCGCCCCGAGUACCGCCACCGCCCCCUCCUCAAGUCUUGGUAGCCUCAGCGAGGGCGGACAGUCGGCAGGCCUGGAACGGCGACCUAGGGAGCUGCUUACGUCUUUCGCGUCUUCCCACGUCAUCUCGCCCCGCCUGCUUCCCAGGGCCUCCACACCCCGCCCCUUGCGCAGGCGCACGGUCGUCUUUCGGGUCCGCCCUUUUUCUCGAUUUGAAUUUGCCCCAGCAAAGCAAGACAGACAAAAAAAUACCCGGAUGGAUAUCGCUGGCCUUUUCGCGCCAAUAUUCUGAAUUCUCACGAAAACCCUGAAAGCACAAAGGAGAAAGGCAGCUCAGACGGCCCCUCGCGCCAGCCAAUCAGAAAGCCUCCUGUCUUCCUUCAGCCUGCUGCAGCCACCCCGGGGGCAGAGUCUCAGCAUCUGUAGCAGAAAUCGCGGAGACUUCUUCCUGCCAGCUCAGCUGGGAGGCCCAGGAAUGCUUUGCAAAGGCCGUUUAUCUGAAUUGUGAAUAAAGGUGAAGACUGCUGGGCUUUUCAGCCCCAUCAGGAUGAAGCCUGAGUCGUGGCAGGCUCUGGGCCAUGUGGCCAUGGCCACGUGCCUGUGUGUGGCCACUGUGUACACGGGCAUUUUCCACGAUGUGUUUGUGCAGGUGGGCUACGAGCACUAUGCAGAACCUGUGGAUGCCCGCCUGCCUGCCUUCCUAGCCAUGCCCUUCAACUCGCUCAUUAACGUGGCCUACGUGCUCGUGGGCGCGCACUGGAUGCGCACCGACGCAAGCGCCCUGAGCCGUCCCGCCCCGCUGAGGAGGGCUGGCUACCUGAAGGAUGUCUUCGCCAGUAUGGCCCUGCUCUAUGGCCCGGUUCAGUGGCUACGGAUCUGGACACAGACUCGCCCGGCUGCGGUGCUUGACCAGUGGCUGACCUUGCCUAUUUUUGCAUGGCUGGUGGCCUGGUGCGUCUCCAUACAUAGGGGCUGGACACCUUGGUUGCUGCUCUCCAUCGAGGGCCUGUCCCUGUGCAGUUAUGGCCUCGCCCUGCUGCAUCCGCAGGGGUUCGAGGUGGCGCUGGGUGCUCACGUGCUGGUUGCUGUUGGGCAGGCCCUACACACCCAGCGGCGGUAUGGCAGCCGCUCCUCGGCCGCUUACUUAGCAUUGGGCACGCUGUCCUGCGUGGGCUUUGUGGUCCUCAAGCUGUAUGACCGGGAGCUUGCUCAGUGGCGUCCUUUCCAGCGGCUCACAGGGCACUUCUGGUCCAAAGUCUGUGAUGUGCUCCAGUUCCAUUUCGCAUUUUUGUUUCUGACCAAUUUAAAUACUUCUCCCAGACUGCAUCCCAAGGACAAAAAGCAUUAAAAAUGUAGGAAGACAAUCAUGCUCUUCAGUACACUCUAUGGAAAAUGGCCUCUGCAACUGUGAGCUGGAACAGGAGGGGAAAACUGGGGUCAAGUGAAGGAAGGUAUAACGUUGUACAGAAAAAGCAAAGAACUCAUUACUUGGUUUGUGAAACUGUACCCCCCAGCCCACACAUC